AUGGACACCGACUCAAGGACAGGACAUGGAGUUGUACAGUUGCUGACCAGCAUAAAAGCCAGUGCAAAGCCACUCACCCUCACACACUUCUCCUCACGCCUUCUCCUCCGGGUCCUGCAGCUUCCAGGCAACGUCCACACCACAGCCAUGGCCUGCAACAACCUCUGCCAGCCCUGUGGACCCACCCCGCUGGCCAACAGCUGCAACGAGCCCUGUGCCCUGCAAUGCCAGAACUCCAGCGUCAUCAUCAACCCUUCCCCUGUGCUGGUCACCCUGCCAGGACCCAUCAUGACCUCCUUCCCCCAGAACACCGCCGUCGGAUCCACCUCCUCGGCUGCUCUGGGCACUGAGCUCAGUGCCCAGGGACAGCCCAUCUCUGGUGGAUUUGGCUUUGGCCUUGGCUACGGCCUGGGAGGCCUGGGCUGCUAUGGCAGAAGGGGCUAUGGCUACAUCUGCUAAGGGCCCUCAGCACCAGCCCUGGCACCACCAGCUCUGGCCUCUGGCAACAGCUCCUGCAAGCAAAGCACCUCGGCUGGUGGUAGCCAGCCUUGCACAUCAGACCAGCUCUUC